UCUGUGUAUAUAUAUAUAUAUAACACCUCUGAUGAUAUUUUAUUUUUAUGUCAAUUACAUUACAUGAAAGCCAAUAUGAAUUUUCAUGGCCAAACUUCCAAAGCACUUUCAAAUUUUUUGCUUUGGCCUUCUCUAAUCUCUCUUCUCCUAUUCCAGUGCCUUAUAGCAGCUCAGGUUGUCUACAGUUUCCAAAAUACAAGUGUUGGCGUGGUCAUUGAUGUCAAUUCAGAGACGGGAAAACAACAAAUAAGAGCCAUGCAAAUUGCAGUUCAAAGUUUCAAUAAUUAUUCAAAGAAUCAUAACAACAUAAAACUUUUCUUCCACAACUCUGGUGGAAACCCAUUACAAGCGGCUUCAGCUGCUGAAGAACUAAUCGAUAAGAAGAAAGUUAAAGUGAUUGUUGGCAUGGGAACAUGGCAAGAAGCAGCUCUAGUUGCUGACCUCGGAAACAAAGCUCAAAUACCAAUUAUUUCAUUUUCUUCUCCCCUAGUAAUCCAUCCUUUAAUGCAACAUCGUUGGCCUUUCUUGAUUCAAAUGGCUAAAAAUCAGUCUGCACAGAUGAACUGCAUAGCAGAUAUUAUCCACGUGUACAACUGGCAGAAGGUUAUCGUUAUAUAUGAAGACAACCCUUAUAGUAGUGAUUCUGGAAUGUUAGGCCUCUUUUCUGAGGCUCUCCAAAAGGGUAACGCGCAGAUUGAGAGCCGAUUAGUUCUUCCGCCAUUCACUUCUUUAUCUGAUCCAAAAGGGUUUGUUCUUGAUGAAUUGAUCAAGUUGUUGCCACUAAAUUUUCGUGUUUUUGUUGUACUUCAAGCAUCAUAUCCUAUGGUAACCCAUUUGUUCAGAGAAGCUAACAAAAUUGGAUUGUUGGGGAAAGAUUCAGCUUGGAUAAUCAAUGAAGGGGUCACAAAUAUGUUGGAUUUGGCUAAUAAAUCCGUUUUAUCCUCUAUGGAAGGUACUUUGGGAAUCAAAACCUACUAUUCUACAAAUUCUCUUGCUUAUACUCAGUUGGAGGAAAAUUUCCAACAUGGGCAAACUGAAACAGCAGGCUCUAAACCAGGAUCAGAUGCAUUACAGGCUUAUGAUAGCGUUACAAUCAUCGCAAAGGCCUUGGAGAAAAUGAAUAGCAACUCUAGUAACUCAAGGGUAUUCUUAGAGAAAAUGUUAUCUAGCAAUUUCAAUGGCUUAAGUGGUAAUAUAAGAUUCAGAGACAGUCAUUUAUCCAACACUCCAGUAUUGAGAGUCAUAAACUUAGUUAAUAAGGAAUACAAGGAAUUGGACUUUUGGACCCCAGAGUUGAAGUUUGCUGCAUCUCUUAAAAUAUUGAAAGAUAAAAAGACAAGAGGUGAUUAUACUACAACUAAUUUAACUGGCCCAGUUGUUUGGCCAGGAGGCCUUAUUUCUGCUUAUCCCAAGGGAUGGAAAAUGCCUACCGAUGCAGAACCUUUAAAAGUGGCAAUUCCUAUAAACCCUGCUUUUGAUAAUUUUUUGAAGGUAGACUCCCAAAAGCAAUAUGUUGGUUUCUGUAUUGAUCUUUUCCAUGAAGUACGGAACAUUCUCAGAGACAGAUAUUCUGGGAUGCCUUAUGAAUUUUACCCCUUCAAUGAAUCCUAUGAACAACUUCUACUGAAUGUCAUAAACAAGUCCCAUGAUGCUAUUGUAGGAGACGUAACAAUACUUGCCAACCGAUCAAAGGAUGUGUUGUUCACUCAGCCAUACACUGAGUCAGGCUUAUCAGUUAUAUUUCCAAAAGAGACUGAAGGGUCAGCAUGGUUGUUUAUGAAACCAUUUAGCUGGGAAAUGUGGAUGGCAACUGUUGGCAUCCUCAUCUACACAAUGUUCAUCGUAUGGUUCCUGGAGCAUCGCUUCAAUCCAGAUUUUGGUGGACCACUGAAAAAUCAGAUCAGCACCACAGUAUGGUUUGCCUUUACUUCUCUAUUUUUUGCUCAUAGGGAGAAAAUAAGCAGCAACUCUGCACGAUUAGUAGUUGGAGUAUGGCUAUUUCUUGUGUUUGUUCUAACUUCGAGCUACACUGCCAACCUUUCGUCGAUGCUUACAGUCAAACGAAUGAAGUCUGGGAGAGAUAUUGAGUGGUUAAAGCAAAACAACUUAUCAGUUGGUUGUGAAGACAGCAGUUCCUUUGUAAAGAACUACAUGAUGAAUGUGUAUGAUUUCCAUCCGCAGCAAAUAGUAGUGGUUAAUGGAGAACAUGACAUCGUGGAAAAAUUCAAAAGCAAAACAAUUUCGGCUCUCUUUCUUGAGAGCCCAUAUGAGAAGGUUUUCUUGAAUAAGUACUGCAAGGAUUACACUGCAAUUACAGCUGCCUACAGAUUUGGAGGAUUAGGCUUUGUAUUUCAAAAAGGAUCUCCCAUGGCAAAAGACUUUUCUGAAGCCAUUUUAACACUAGCAGAAAAUGGAACACUAAAACAUUUGGAAGAGUACUGGUUGACCCCUUCCACGGAAUGCUCAAACAGCUCAACGACUCCAGAAACUGAGAGCCUGACCCUCAACAACUUUUGGGGUCUCUAUAUCAUAUGUGCUGCCAUAUCCACCAUUUGCUUUGUGCGGGCCUUAUUGAUAUAUUACCUACUUAACCAUAAGCAUUACCAUCACGAAGAGGAAGUUCAACUUCAAGGCAAUGUAACCGCUGAUCAUGAUGAUAGUGUUUGGAACAAGGCAAUUAGAAUUGGUACAGGCUUUUACAAUAAUGCAUACAACAAAACUUAUGGUAGAGCUGCAACUUUUGGUGGAAGAGGAACACAGGUUAUACGUCGUGGGAAUUCCUCAAGAUGGGAGAGUAUAAACAUUUUUGAUGAUGUGAGCAAUCCACAUCAUCGUUCCCUUUCAGCUGUCACACAUAUCUUGUAGAUUCUGACAAUAACUUACAUGCAUUGAUUAAAGUU